CUUCCCACACUGCUCUCUCUCCGCAAGCGCCGUGAUAUAAAACCGUGCCGAGCGCGCCAUUGGCUGAGAGAACGCUCUGGACGUCGGAGCCGCUGCUUCCCUCCUCGCGCCACUUUGACCGAGACGUGAUCCGGGCAUGCUGGGGACCGGCUCUCCUCGGGACCUGAGAGCACGAGGCGAGACGGAGAGGAAGCGCUUAUCCCUGAGCAUCACGCAGGAGGAAGGACACAAGUAUCAUCGCUUCUGCAACCAUAGUGGUGGAGGACUGGGAGGCUUGAAGAUGGAGAGAAACCGCCAUCAGCGGACUGAGGAGGAAGAUAACAGUCCCCGUCGCCGGGAGCAGCAGCUGAUGUGGGAGAGCAAGGCCAUAGUAAUUCAAAGGGCCUGGCGUACUGCAAUGGACCGCAAACCGGGCUGGCAGGAGGACCCUAAGAACCGCAUGGAUCAUCGUUGUGAGAUGGAUCCAGAGGAAGAUGCCUUCAAUGCUGGACUCACCAUUGAGGAGCUGGACCAGAGCCUCACACUGGAGGAGCUUAAAACACUGCAGAGUAUGAAGUAUGUAAAUGAUGGAGGAUACCAGCUGCAAAAUAAUCAGCUGACCACUGACCUGGAGAACAAUAUUGCUGUCAACAUGAAGCCUCUGGAGUCCAACGUGUUGAUCAUCCAGCGCGCCUGGCGAGACUUCCUGCAGAGACAGGACAUCCUGGAGAAGCGGAGCCCCUCCCCUCCCUCCCUCUCCUCCUCCGACAAGAUGAGCACAUCUAUCAGCAUGACCACCCUAUCGGAUGGCAGCACCCCUGAUUACCGGGAGGAUGGCAUGGACCUGGGGAGCGACGCCUCCAGCCGCUCCGGCUCCGAGUCCAAUUCCAACAAGGUGACGCCAUGCUCGGAAUGCAAGUCCUCGCCCAGCCUGGAGCUGGCCGCUCUGGAGGACUAUGAAGAAGAGGAUGAGGACUACCAGCAGUACAAGAAGAGGGUUAUUGAGGACUGGGAGAGCGAGUACGGUGCCGAUUUCGCCGACAACCGGCAGCCGACUGAGGAUGACGGAGCCUUACGGAAGGCGGAAAACAGCCGCAGCCUGGCUGAGGAGCUCCAGGAUGUUAAGGGCCCUUCGCCGCCCCUGACGGGCCAAACCAUGGCUACCCGGGCGGCCGCCGUGCCCGAGGAACUCAAGCAGAAUGGAAACCUGAUCCUGCCCAAUACUCACCACCUCUUGUCUCCAAGCGCCGGCGGGGGCAAAGGCCUGGCCAAGCCUGGACACAGGAGCCCUGGCGCGGGCGGAGGUGGCGGAACGGGGCCUGGGGGCUGCUACCGCCUCGGGGGUUACAGAGAGGAGAAUGUGGUGGAGGAGUCUCAGCUCCCCACCAUGGACUGGGCGGCGCUGGAGAAGCACCUGGCCGGCCUGCAGUUCAGGGAGCAGCAGGAGAACCAGAACCAGGGCCUGGGCCGGACCAACUCCACCAACGCCCAAAAGAAUGAGCGAGAGUCCAUCAGACAGAAGCUGGCCCUGGGCAGUUUCUUUGACGAUGGGCCUGGCAUCUAUACCAGCUGCAGCAAGAGCGGCAAACCCAGCCUGUCCUCACGGCUACAGAGCGGCAUGAACCUGCAGAUCUGCUUCGUCAAUGACAGCGGGAGUGACAAGGACAGCGAUGCAGAUGACAGCAAGACAGAGACCAGCCUGGACACACCUCUGUCCCCAAUGAGCAAGCAGAGUUCCUCGUACUCGGACCGAGACACCACAGAGGAUGACUCUGAGUCUCUGGAGGACAUGGACUUCCUCAGCAGGCAGAAGAAGCUCCAGGCAGAGGCUAAGAUGGCACUGGCCAUGGCCAAACCCAUGGCCAAAAUGCAAGUGGAAGUGGAGAAACAGAACCGCAAGAAGUCUCCUGUGGCAGACCUGCUUCCCCACAUGCCUCACAUCAGUGAGUGUCUGAUGAAGAGGAGCCUAAAGCCCACUGAUCUGCGAGACAUGACCCUCGGUCAGCUACAGGUCAUUGUCAACGACCUCCACUCACAGAUCGAGAGUCUGAAUGAGGAGCUUGUGCAGCUGCUGCUGAUCAGAGAUGAGCUUCACAUGGAGCAGGACGCCAUGCUUGUGGACAUUGAGGAUCUGACCAGGCAUGCUGAGAGCCAGCAAAAACACAUGGCUGAGAAAACCCUCUCCAAAUGAGGCCCACUCGCAUUCCCUAACAUCCACCACCACCGCCCCCCCCCACCCCCCAUCAUGGCGUCAAUACAGAGAAGAGCCACUUUUCUUUUGCUUCUGUGGUUGUACAAAUACAAAAUGAUGGAGCACUUCCUGACAGGCGAAAAACAAAGUGUGAGUCUUGGAUACUGUUCCUGGCUUUCUGUGCAGUGAUUGGCCUUGCUUCUUAAUAGUCUUUAAUUUUAACUUUUUACAUUUGCCAGUAAAUUAUAACUGUCAAAAUACAACAAAAAAAAAAAGACAGAAAAAAAACAUAGUGAGAAAUUAGUAGAAAGUCAGAUAUAAAAGCUAAAAAAAGCUCAUUGUAUAAA